AGCCCCCAGCGGCGCUGACAUCCCCCAACCCUUCCUCUCUGCCUGCUCACAGGAGCCACGGUGACCACUUUAGGCUCCUAUGAGGUAUCUGAUGGUUGUGAGAGGAAGAAAGGCCAACGCUGGUCCUUGGAACGUCGAGGGAUGCAAGCUAUGGAGGGGGAAGUGUUACUCCCAGCUCUCUACGAGGAGGAAGAGGAGGAGGAAGAGGUAGAAGAGGAGGUGGAAGAAGAGGAAGAACAAGUGCAGAAAGGCGGCAGCCUGGGCUCCCUGUCGGUCAGCAAGCACCGGGGCCUGAGCCUCACGGAGACGGAGCUGGAGGAGCUGAGAGCGCAGGUGCUGCAGCUGGUGGCCGAGCUGGAGGAGACGCGGGAACUGGUGGGGCAGCAUGAGGACGACUCCCUGGAGCUGCAGGGGCUUCUGGAGGAUGAGCGGCUGGCCAGUGCACAGCAGGCAGAGGUGUUCACCAAGCAGAUCCAGCAGCUCCAAGGUGAGCUGCAGUCUCUUCGGGAGGAGAUUUCCCUGUUGGAGCAUGAGAAAGAAAUUGAACUUAAAGAAAUAAAACAGGAGUUGCACUUGGCCCAUUCGGAGAUCCGGACUCUGCAGCAGGCAGCGGAGGAUUCUGCCACUGAACAUGAGAGCGACAUAGCAUCCCUGCAGGAGGAUCUGUUACGGAUGCAGACAGAACUUGAUGACAUGGAGCGCAUCCGGGGGGAGUACGAGCUGGAGAUCGCCUCCCUCCGUGCAGAAAUGGAAAUGAAGAGCUCUGAUCAAUCCAAUAGCGUCUCUCUCUCCAGUAUCUCCGACAUGCAAGACGAACUGGAGCAACUGCGGGAACGCUACCGCUACCUGAACGAGGAGUACCAGGCCCUGCAGGAGAGCAACAGCAGCCUCACAGCCCAGCUUGCAGAUCUGGAGAGUGAGAGAACACGAAGAGCAACUGCAAGGUGGGUGGAUUCCCAAGCACUAAAGAGUAUGACAUCAGCAGAGUCUCAGACUUCGGAAAUGGAUUUCCUAGAGCCUGAUCCUGAGACCCAGUUGUUGCGACAGCAGCUGCUGGGCGCAGAGGAGCAGAUGCACAGCAUGAAGAGCAAGUGUAAGGAACUGUGUUGUGAGCUGGAAGAGCUACAGCAGCAGCGCCGAGCCAGCGAGGAGGAGCAGAGGCGGCUGCAGAGGGAGCUCAAGUGUGCGCAGAAUGAGGUGCUGCGGUUCCAGACGUGUCACAGCGUCACCCAGAACGAGGAGCUGAAGACGAAGCUCCGUGCCCUGCAGGAAAAGUACGAUGCUAGCCAGGACGAGCAGAGUGAGCUCCUGAAGGUACAGCUGCAGCUCCAGACCGAGCUCCGGCAGCUCAAAGUCAAGAAACCCGCAGCCACAGACGGCCACAGCGAUAAGGAGUUACUGUGCCGGCUCCAGAGGCUGCAGCUCCGGUACCAGAACGUCGUGUGUGAGAAGGAGAGGCUGCUGGAAGUUCAGCAGCAGCUGCAGGAUGAUCUGCAGUGCCACGAGGCGGAGGUGCAGCGCCUCAGGGACGUCGAGGCCUCCUUCCAGGAGAGCAGUGAGAAGAAUGAAGAGCUGCACGCCCAGCUUCAGGAGCUGCAGCGGAUGUACCAGGCCAGCAAGGAGGAGCAGGAGCGGCAGAAGCACAUGUACGGUCAGCUCGAGCAGGACUUCUUGCUCUGCCAGCUGGAGCUGACACAGCUGAAGAGCACCCAGAGCCUCCCAGGGGACAGGGGGAAGUGCGCCACGAAGUGUGAUGAACUGCUCUCCAGACUGACAGAAUUGCAGGAGAAGUACCAGGCCAGCCAGCAGGAGAUGGGGCAGCUGCAGAUGGAGCAGUGUGAGCUCCUGGAGGAUCAGAGGAGGAUGCAGGAGGAGCAGGGCCAGCUGCAAGAAGAGCUGCACAGGCUCACCUUCCCCCUCCCCAAAUGCGGUCUCAUCCGUAAGAGUCAGGAUCUGCUUACAAAGUUGCAAGACCUAUGUGAACUGCAGCUGCUCUACCAAGGCUUGCACAAUGACCAGAAAAAACUGCUAGAGAGUCAAGGAGCCUUAUUGAAAGAACAAGUAGAGCUGCAUGAAGAUCUGCGACUCUACAGAGAGUCUCACUUCCGGGCAGUGUUGGAGACUCCCAAGAAUUCCAAAUCGCCUAAGUCCUCAAAAUUCGAUCAUAGCAAGUCCAAGGAGCUCAUUGAAAAGAUGCAGGGCCUGCAGACGCUGUACCAGGCCGGGGAGGCCCAGCAGGAGCUGCUGCAGCAGGAGCAGGGGCGGCUCCUGGAGGAGUGCCAGCGGCUGCAGGCAGAUUUGCAGCUCUGCCUGGAAGAAAUGCAGCUGCUCCAAGUCCAGUCCCUGACCAUCAAAAUGAGCCUCGAGUUCUAUAAGAAGAACAACGGCAGCAUGCCUCCCAGCAGGGAGAGCUAUCACAGGAGUUACGGUAGCUCCACAGAUGACACCGAGAGCUAUCACAAGAGUUACGGUAGCACCCUGACCAGCACUGAGAGCUUUCUCAAGAGCUAUGAGAGUAGCACCAAUGGCAGCGAGAUCGCCAACAAGAGUCACCACACCAACAGCAGCAGCGUCACCUUCAAGAAGAGUUACGGCAGCACUAGUAGCAGUGACAGCAAUCACAAGAGUUACGUCAGCAGCACUGACGACACUGCUGAGGUGGAAGAUAUAGAGAACUUUGAGGAGGUGGUUGCCCAGGUGUUGAUCAAGCUGCAGGCCAUGCAGGCCAUGUACCAGGUCAGCCAGGAGGAGCACAGCCUCCUGCAGGAGGAGAUGAAAAAGUUGCUAGAGAAGCAGAAAGAGCUAACGGAAGAGCUGGAUGCCUGUGAGAAGGAAUUCAAGGAGUGCGUGGAAUGCCUGGAGAAGCCCGCUACCCCCCAAAACGACAAGAAUGAGAUCAAAGAGCUGCAGGCCAAGCUGCGGGAGCUGCAGCUGCAGUACCAGGCUAGCAUGGACGAGCAGGGGCGGCUCCUGGCUGUUCAGGAGCAGCUGGAGGGGCAGCUGCAGUGCUGUCAGGAAGAGCUUCGCCAGCUCAAGGAGAAGAGGUCCUCUGUUUCCAAAGACAUCAAGGGAAAGAAUAGCAGUAAGAACAUGAACAAGAAUGCCAACGGAGUUAAAAAUAAAAAGCUGAGUCUGGAAAAGAGUGAGGGCAGCUUUGAGAGCAGAAAAAAAAGUCUGGAGGUGCUGCUGUACUACAAGGCCAGCCAGACGGAAUUAGAUGAGCUAGCAAGAGCGCAGGAAAAGAAAGAGGAGGAGGAGAAGGAAAAGGAAGAAUACGAGGAGGACAAGAAAGAGGAAACAAAGGAAGAGUCCUUGGAUGAACCACCUGAGCCAUUGGAUCUUACAGAAACUGAGUCAGCAGAAGAUCUGGAAGAAUAUGAAGAGUUCCACGACCUGGAGAAUAAGGAAGAUGAGGACUGUGACGACCCUUGCCCUGAAACUUCAGAGGAAAACCCCCUCAAACUUUCUGAGAGCAAAAAGCCAUCCCCUGCCCCCGACCCCCCCAUCUUCUCCUUGCCUCUUGUAGGCCUGGUGGUCAUAUCGGCUUUGCUCUGGUGCUGGUGGGCCGAGACGUCGUCCUAA